AGACAGAGGUACAAUUGUCAUAAGCUCAAGGGACAGUGAGCUAUAAUGGAGGUAGCCCAGGGCAUUGUGGGUCUAGGGAAGGCAUCUGAUCCACCCUGGAGGCUCAAGGACGACUUCCAGAGGAACUGGCAGAACAGUCUUGUAGGAAGUACAAAGCUUCAUGGAUGGAGUCAGGCGCAGAGAACAGUUUGUACCCAUUUUCUGCCUGCCACCCUGCGGGGCAAGGCUGGUGGCUCAGAGAUGAAUCCUACAGGCUCACCCUCAGGCGGCUCCGCAGUGGCUGGGGAGACAGAGAUGGAUCCAGACAGUCCUCCCCAGAGAGCCCUGUGCUAGAAUGGGGGGAUUCUCAGACACUGUUGUAGUCCGAAGAGGGGGGACUGACCCGAUCUGGGGUGAGGAAAAGCUCCUUCCACACUAGGGUGAGAGAAAGAUUGACAAGUAACUAGAUGACACGUGAUCUUGACUGAAGGCCUCAGGCCUCAGAAGUUUGGAAGACUGUGAGGCUGAGGGGCCAUGACCUUGUCCUGGGGAUACUAGGGAGGGGCAAGGUCGGGUGCAGUGUAGAAGGAUCCCCAAGGGGCAGCGCACUGCCCAAACUGGAGGCUAAGAGGUUCAGGAAGAGGCAGGCAUGAUGGUCCAGCAGAAAAAGAAUGCUGGCCAUGCAAAUCAUUUCAAAUCUCCUAGAAGCCACAUUAAAAAAGUAAAAGGAAAACAGAUGAAAUUCAUUUCCGCCAUAUAUUUUAUUUAGCCAUUAUAUCUGAAAUGUCAUUUCUUCGACGCGUAGUCAACAGACUGCUAGGGAGACCUCUGACAUCCAACUUCUUUGUACUAAGUCUUCAAACACCAGUGUGGAUUUCAUACUCACGGCACCUCUCACCUUGGACCCGCCACAUCUCACGUGCUCCUUAGUCACAUGCGGCUGGUGGUUCCCAUAUUGGACAAGGCAGGGCCAAGAGGAGGGACCGGGGCUGUUGGGACAAGGGCGUGGAUGGCGUCGGGGCGCCCCGAGGAGCUGUGGGAGGCGGUGGUGGGGGCCGCUGAGCGCUUCCGGGCCCGGACAGGCACGGAGCUGGUGCUGCUGACUGCCGCACCGCCCCCCCCACCCCGCCCGGGCCCCUGUGCCUAUGCAGCCCACGGCCGUGGGGCCCUGGCCGAGGCUGCCCGCCGCUGCCUCCACGACAUCGCCCUGGCCCACAGGGCUGCCGCCGCCGCCCGGCCCCCCGUGCCCCCACCAGCACCACAGCCACCCAGCCCUGAGCGGAGCCCACCUCGGCCUACCCUGCCCAGGGAGGAGGACGAGGAAGAUGAGGACGAGCCAACAGAGACUGAGACCUCUGGGGAGCGGCUGGGUGUCAGCGAUAAUGGAGGGCUCUUUGUGAUGGACGAGGAUGCCACACUCCAGGACCUGCCCCCCUUCUGUGAGUCGGACCCUGAGAGCACAGACGAUGGCAGCCUGAGCGAGGAGACCCCUGCUGGCCCCCCAGCCUACUCAGUGCCCCCAGCCUCAGCCCUGCCCACACAGCAGUAUGCCAAGUCCCUGCCCGUGUCCGUGCCCGUCUGGGCCUUCAAGGAGAAGAGGACAGAAGCACGGUCAUCGGAUGAGGAGAAUGGGCCGCCCUCUUCGCCGGACCUGGACCGCAUCGCGGCGAGCAUGCGCGCGCUGGUGCUGCGGGAGGCCGAGGACACCCAGGUCUUCGGGGACCUGCCGCGGCCACGGCUCAACACCAGCGACUUCCAGAAGCUGAAGCGGAAAUACUGAGGCCCAGGGAGAGCGCUUCCCGGCCCAGCGUCCGCCCCGCCCCACACUGCACGCCUGCCCCGCCCGCCGGGGCGGGCCAAUCCGAGUCAGACCCGGGACCGGCCUCUCAGGUCCCCGGGGCCCCAGGAUUGCCCCCUCCCUGCCAAUUCCCGCCGUCCUUCCAGCCCACGACCCCCUCACGCGCUGAGGAGCGGGACCUAUCUCGUUUCCCGAUUGGGUCUGUCGCCGCUUUCUUUGCCCGGCGACAGGUUCUUUCGAUUAAGGGAUUGGCUCGCUCCCAGAUCGGGGCGUAGCUAGUUUAAAGCCCUCACGGGGGUCAACUGUCGUUUUUUUGCCUAGCGACAAGGGCUUUGCUCGCGCGGCAUUGGUUGAAAGAGAACAGCCAGGCCACAGGAUUGGGUAGUGGCAAGCCUGUUCGGCCUAGAGAAUGGGCAACUCCUUCAUUUGAUUGGCUUGAACCCAAAGGGCUUGACCAAUAGCCCGGGAGUCGCCAUCCCAUCCUUCCUGGGUUGUCCCGCCUGAUUGGCUCCAGUCUCCUGAGGGCGUGGCCAAACCUUCCUCUGUGCCCAGGAUUGGCCUGCGGCCUUAAAUUUACGUUCUUUACACUACAGGGACUGGGGUCGUUUUUGACCAAGUCCUGACUACGUGCCCCUCUGCCCCCUCCCAGGGACGGCCCCAUCCUGUCCCUGCGUCUUCACACCCUCUCAUUGGUUCCAUCCCACAACAGCCUGCCAAUCGUAGUCCGUCCUUGCAGCCAGGACGGCACCAGCUCCCGCCCCUCUCCCCUCACCCCCACAGGUGCCUUAAAGGGCCCUCGUCCACCCAAGGUGGGGGGCAGGGGCCCUCGCUCUCCGGCCCUUGUGUGGGGGAGAGAGUCGUGGGUGGGGAUCGGGAGUUGGGAGGGGUGGUCUGAGAUUAAAGAGUUUUA